AUGAACGCACGGAAGCCACGAACCAAGUCGAAGGACUUCUCAUCUGAGGAGACGACGCGGCUCCUGGACCUCGUCGAGGAGUUCAAGCCCAUCGGCGGCAACAUGUGGGACCGUGUGGCGUUCGAAUACAACCCAAUCCCAUUUGAUGAACGCACGGAAGCCACGAACCAAGUCGAAGAACGUCUCAUCUCAUCUGAGGAGACGACGCGGCUCCUGGACCUCGUCGAGGAGUUCAAGCCCUUCGGCGGCAACAUGUGGGACCGUGUGGCGUUCGAAUACAACCGCACUGGGCUAUCGAACUGGCCAGAACGCGAUAGUAUUAGUCUGAGGCACCACUUUCAAGGCUUGAACAACAAGACGAAACCAACAGGGACAGUGUACUGCCCUCCCAACAUUGAACGCGCCAAGCGCCUAUAUUCGGCUAUUGAGUCCAAGGUGGGUGCGAUGGAGCUUCACGACCAACAAGAAUUUGGCGACGCUGCAAGUGAGCGGUCAGAUGCUGGGUCCGACGGCAACAUCCCACAGGAAGUCUCGGAGGCUGUUGAGGAGCUUGUGACAACUCCAUCGGAAUGA